AUGCCGGGUUUAAAGUUUGAGUUUGGUGUGAUCAACUUGCCGAACCCAAACGCCGUCCACCCAUGGAUUUUCGGGGUGCCCCGAAUUUCAACAGAAAAAUCUCCUCGAGAUAUUACAGCGUUCUUUUUCGCCGAUUCCAUCUCUUUGAAAACGGCCAAUUUCAUCAAAAUCGAAGAGAAAGCACCCAACCGCGUCGUCUUCGAUGUUGCAGCUAACUGCCCACUUAUUGACGACCCGGAGCAUCACACUGCCAUUUUGGGAUUCAUUUACAGCUGCCAAGACCAAUUCCGGAUCCAGAAUGGGGAACCCAUCGCACCAUGGCGCGAUAUCCCAUGCCGCUUGAACAUCUUCGAGCAAGCCAAGGUCACAGACCAGUGGUGCCAAAGCAUGUUCAGCUGGCUCUCGCCGAAAUGCAACAAGUGUGGCUUUCACUGCCAGGCUCACAACCUAGGAAAAAAAAUCGAAUUCGUAACCGCGGUCGAAAGUGCCGACGGUCGCCGAAAAGGCUACGUCCAAGUCUUGAACGCCUAA